GUGAGCUUCUCGUCCGCCGCAACGUCUCCAUGGCAACAACGCUACAUAACACUCACUGUAACAGGUCCCAAGCCUGUUCCUCACUAAACGUCAGGAACAGGCAAUGACGCCGAAGAAGAAGGUCGCUAAAGUAAAGAAGGCGAAAGCCGGCAAAGGCAAGAAAGAUGGCAAACACGACUCCAAACCGGACAGAGAGGUGGAGAUGGAGAAGGCCAAGGCCAACGCCGCCGUGUGGGAGCUGAGGUUAAAGGUCACCGAGGAGUCGCUCGCGCAGUACCAGGAGUCCUACCACAAACUGGCGCGCGCCAACGAGCAGCUCGCCGAGCAGCUGUACCGCGCGGAGAAGGACUCCGUCGCCAUUACCGGCUUUUUUAAGAAGCGGGACGAGGCCAAGGAGGAGAAAAUCGAUAUGCUUCAUAGGAGCCUCAAAAGUCAAGACGCGCUCGCACGUGAGGAGCAAAGCAAAUUGGUUGAAGAUUACACACUUCAGAUCAGUGAGAUGAAGGAGCUGUUCCAAAAGAAAGCCAGCGACUUUAACAUGAUCCAGGAUGGAAUGAAGCAGAUGAAGGAGUUUGAGAUCAGGAAAGAGCAGAUUGAGCAGGAGCUCAGUGAUAUUAGAGAAAGCAUGGCUAACACUAACAAGGAGCACAGGGAAAACCUAAACAAAAUGGAAUACAAGUUCUUGGAAGAAAAGGCUCGACUGGAGAAGGAGGCUGAGCAAAUGAUAACUCUGGCGCAGGAGCAGGCCCACAAAGAAGCUAUUGUGCAGCUGGAUGAUGCCGCUCGGUCCGUGUUCAAGGAGAACGUCCGUCUCAAUGAAGCACUGAAAUAUCACAUCAGGGAAACAGAGGAGCUGCUGAAAAUGACAAACGCACUGGAAAAGCAAAAUGCCUUACUGGCACUGGACAAGAACACGGCUGAUUUGCUAGUGAAGAAGAACGUAGCUGAGAUGAAGGCCCAAAGAGAGGAGCUGCACAAGCUCAGAGCUAAGGUAGCUACUCUGGAGAAGGCUCUCAAGCAGAAAGCAGAAAAACAAGAGCGAGCGGAAAUGGAAGAGCAGAAGAUGCUCCAGGUGAGGUCCCAGGCCGGCGGGGUAGAGCUGGAUAAGCUUCAGAAGGUCCUGGCCAUGAGGGAGAAGGAACUGGGGCACAUUAAGAGGCUGGCUAGCACGAUUGUUGAGCAGCGCAAGGAGCUGGAGCAGUUCUUCCAUGAGGCGCUGGAUCAUGUGAGGGAGGAGAUCAAGGCCAGCAGGUUGCAAUACAAAAAGGAGGCCCUACAGGCUUAUCGCUCCAGGAUGAGAGACGCUGCAGCAGGAAAGAUCAAGUUUCCACCCAUCCGCACCUUCAGUAACACCUCUCACAGUACCAACUCAGUCUAUGCAGACAUGGAGGCUGCAACCACUUGGACGCAUCAACCUGGAAGCAAAGUGAGAAUCUCAGAGCUCACUUGGGAGCAGAAGGAACAAGUUCUCAGUCUUCUCUUUGCUAAAAUGAAUGGGCACAAGGAAAGGAAAUCCAUCCAACAUCUGGAUUUGACUGCCACCUCCAAGAAGAUCCCUACUGAUGGUGACACUGCUGGAAUUAAAGAGGAGCCCUCGUCGGCAACCUUCAUCACUCAGGCGCCUGACUCCGUUCAGCCCUCAAACGCAAACAGCCCGCCGGAUAUACACGCCACAUGACCUCGGUGUGGCCUCUGCGCUGCACGUCACGCUCCUCGGAUUGUUUGCCUCAGCUUUGUCCUUUUCCCAGAGUGUUACUGGUGCAUACAGUUAAGGAGGUUUGUUUGUGUUCAUUAUAAAUAUCCUACAAUGCAUGUAUAUUUGGCUUAUAAGUUGUUUUGCAUAUGUGAGUUACAUCACAACCUAUGAAAAGGAACAAUUCAUUCAAUGCAAAUUAUUUUUGAUUCUGCUAAAGUAUUUACUGGUACAUGAAUGAUCUGAAAAUAUGAAUACAAUACCCUUCAGCCACGACGACUUGAUUGAUUCAGACAGACAACAAUACUACAGUUUGAUUGCACGCUUGGUGCACCAGGGAGGGAAGACUUGAAGACUUAGCGACCCAUGGUAGGCAUGGUAACAGCAGGAGUUUUCAAGGUGGCAUCCUCAGCUUUCCAUUGUGCAGUUACUGUUUUAAUCUGUGUGUAGAACUGGAUUCCCUAAGAAUGAAAAUAAAACCAUUCACAUCAAAA